AUGUACGUCGCCCGCUUCGCAGCUCUCCCUCGACCUCAAGCACCGCCCUCUCGCAUCCCGCGCUCACCCACCUCUGCCCCCGCACGCAGGUUCGGCUCCCGCAGCCGGUCCAACACGGCCACGGCCACGUCCGACUACAUCGACCGCGACCGCGACGACUACGACUCGCGCCCGUCCAACGUGCCGCACAACCCGACUCGCCCAGUCGACAAGGAGAAGGCCGAGGCAGAGCUCAACAACGCCAUCAAGAAGGCCACCAACCCGGACGAGACGGCCCCGAAGCAGAAACACGUCCGCAAGGCGAUCGUCUACACGUGGGACUACCGUUCGUCGGCGAGCAUCUGGGCCGCCCUGCGCGUCCAGCCCAUCCUCUCGGACGAGGUGCAGACGUUCAAGGGCCUCAUCACCGUCCACAAGAUCCUCCAGGAGGGUCACCCGAUCACGCUCAAGGAGGCGCAGCACCAGACGUCGUGGCUUGAGACGUGCGCACGGACAGUCGGCGGCGAUGCGACUCGUGGUUACGGCUCGCUCAUCCGGGCCUAUGUCAAGCUCAUCCUCGCCAAGCUCAAGUUCCACCGGCACCACACCGCGUUCAACGGCCUGUUCGAGUACGAGGAAUACGUCGCGUUACGCGGCAUCGACGACCCGAACGAGGGCUUCGAGACGAUCAUGGACCUCAUGAACCUGCAGGACGACAUCGACGCGUUCCAGAAGCUCAUCUUUGCCCACUUCCGCGGCUCGGCCAACAACGAGUGCCGCAUCUCGGCCCUCGUGCCCCAGGUCAAGGAGUCGUACGGCAUCUACCGGUUCAUCAUCAGCAUGUUGCGCGCCAUGUACCGCCGCACCGAGUCGAUGGACGCCCUCGAGCCGCUCAAGGACCGCUACGACCACCAGCACUUCUCGCUCCGCAAGUUCUACUACGAGUGCUCGAACCUCAAGUACCUCACCGGUCUCAUCAACGUGCCCAAGCUCCCCCAGGACCCGCCGUCGCUCAUCGACUCGGGCGACACGCCCGACCUCCCUCGCCGGCCGCCGCCCCAGCAGCAGGCCCAGAAGCCGACGCCGCCUCCCGCUCCGCCCUCGGACGGCAUCGACAUCGAGGAGCAGCGUCGCGCCCUCGAGGAGUACGAGCGCAAGCAGGCUGCGCUCGUCGCGCAGCGCGACGCCGACGCGCGCCGCCUGCGCGAGGACCAGGAGCGCCAGGAGCGCGAGUUCGCCGAGCAGCAGCGCCUGCAGCAGCAGCGCGAGCGCGAGGCGCAGGAGGCGCUCGAGCGCCAGCUGCGCGAGCAGCAGAUGAUGGGCAUGAGCCAGGGCCGCAUGGCCGAGCUCGAGCGCGAGAUCCUCGGCCUGCGCGGGCAGUGGGAGCGGGACCAGAUGAUGCUCGAGCGGUACGAUGCACGCGUCAAGGCGCUCGAGGGCGAGCUCGCCAACGUGUCGGCGACGAUCCAGCAGCAGCUCAUGAGCAAGGACCAGAUGCUCCAGCAGCUGCAGGAUCAGGUCACGCUGUGGCGCAACAAGUACGAGGCGCUCGCCAAGCUCUACUCGCAGCUCCGCAACGAGCACCUCGAGAUGCUCGGCAAGUACAAGCAGAUGCAGCUCAAGGCGGCCUCGGCGCAGGAGUCGAUCGACAAGAUGGAGCGCAUGGAGCGCGACGUCAAGGCCAAGAACCUCGAGCUCGCCGACAUGAUGCGCGAGCGCGACCGCGCCCGGUUCGACCUCGACCGCGUCAAGUCGAGCCAGAAGGACGAGGUCGAGCGCCUCAAGCGCGACCUGCGCUUCGCCGAGGAGCGCUUCGAGGACGCGUCGCGCAGCAAGGGCUCCGAGGUGUCGUCCGUCAUGAGCAAGUUCAACCGCCAGAUUGACGAGCUCGAAAACUCGCUGCGCAAUAAGCAGGACCGCAUCGACGAGCUCCUCUCCAAGCUCGACGAGCAGCGCGGCGACGCCGACCGAGUGCGCGACGAGAAGGACCAGGAGAUCGCCAUCAUGCAGGAGGGCAUGGACGACACGAUCCGCCAGCUGUCCGAGCUCCAGGUGACGCAGGGCGUCGCCGACGAGGCCGUCAACGCCCAGAUCGACACGCUCGUCCUCGAUCAGGAGCGCAAGUUCAACGACAUCAUCGACUCGAUCCUCCAGGCGUGCGCGCACAAGGUCGACGACGCCCUGUACGAGCUCGAGUCGCCCAUGCACGACGGCAACCAGAACUCGACGCCCGAGUACACGCUGUCGAUGAUCGAGAAGGCGACGACGAGCGCGACCGAGUUCGCCAUGGUGUUCGACCUGUUCCUGUCGCGCGACAAGGGCGGCGAGCACGUCGAGGUGAUCAAGACGGCCAACAACUUUGCGCAGGCGCUCGCCGAGGUCCUCACCAACACCAAGGGCCUGUCGCGCCUCGCGCCCGACGACGCCGCCAUCGACGCCCUCACCCAGACGGGCCGGGUCCCGGGCACGGCCGCCCUGCGCUUCUUCAACGCCGUCCAGUCGUACCGCCUCCAGGGCGCGCAGCCCGACGCCCGCAAGGAGGUCGUCAUCCGCAACAACAUGGAGGUCCGCAGCGCGCUCCAGAAGCUCGCGGCCUCGGUCGAGGGCCUCAAGCCCAAGGCGGGCGCCAACAACCUCGCCAAGGCGAGCGGCGACCUGAACGACCUCGUCGAGUCCGAGAUGCAGGCGGCGGCUCGCGCGAUCGAGGAGGCGACCAAGCGCCUGCAGGCGCUCAUGGCCCGUCCGAGGGACUCGCGCCAAUCGGCGACCGACCUCCAGGUCCACGACGCCAUCCUCGCGAGCGCGCUCGCCAUCACCAACGCCAUCGGGCGCCUCAUCAAGGCGGCGACCGACUCGCAGCAGGAGAUCGUCGCGCAGGGCAAGGGCUCGAGCUCGUCGACGGCGUUCUACAAGCGCAACCACCGGUGGACCGAGGGCCUCAUCUCGGCGGCCAAGGCCGUCGCGCGCGCGACGACGUUCCUCAUCGAGACGGCCGACGGCGUCAUCAGCGGCACCAAGACGCUCGAGCAGCUCAUCGUCGCGUCGAACGAGGUGGCGAGCGCGACGGCGCAGCUCGUCCAGGCGAGCCGGGUCAAGAGCGAGCUCAUGUCGCAGACGCAGGAGCAGCUCGAGCGCGCCGCCAAGGCCGUCACGGACGCGUGCCGCGCCCUCGUGCGCCAGGUCAAGGCCAUCACCGAGGAGCAGCUCAAGCGCGACGGCGACGACGUCGACCCGGACGCGCUCAACGCCCACGAGUUCAAAAUGCGCGAGAUGGAGGUCCAGGUCGAGAUCGUCACGCUCGAGAAGAACCUCGCCGACGCGAGGCGGCGACUCGGAGCGUACCGACGGUCGCACUACCACGCCGAGGAGUGAGCCGGGUCGAGAGGGCGAGGAGGAAGAGGGAGCGUUCUCUGCAACGUCGACGAGGGUCUCUGUGCCUGCU